AUGGAGGGGCGGAGGACUUGGGAUGGAGUGCCACUGGGCGAGUCGCACUCUCCUCCACAGUCGGUGCCGGGGCGACGGACGCCGUUGGGAGCCGUCGGCCUCGGCGGAUUCUACAUGCAAGGAGGCCAGCCUCCGCCUCAACAGCACUGCUAUCCCACUGAUGAGAAUCAACCAGAACCAGGAACAAGCUAUGCUCAAAGACCUAUCGGAGAAGGUAAAUCAAAACAGAAGAUAAGACAAGGAAAAAAUGUGAGACUGAACAUAAAUGCACGGGAACGAAGGAGGAUGCAUGAUUUAAACGACGCGCUCGACGAAUUGCGCAGUGUCAUUCCCUAUGCUCAUUCGCCAUCAGUUCGAAAGCUUUCAAAAAUAGCAACGUUACUUCUUGCAAAAAACUAUAUUCUUAUGCAAGCCAGCGCUCUGGAAGAAUUACGAAGGUUGGUAGCCUACUUACAAGGCACGGCGACAGCUGCUGGUAUUGUUCCACCGCCUGGUUUCGACCUAGCAGGUCUUCCUGCAGCAGCAAAGCUUCUUCAACCACCUGCUACUGGGCCGCCCGCCCCUCCUGAUCCACCCUCUUGAGACCCAACUGUCAAAUAUGAACCAUAGAGUUAGCAAGUAUAAAACUUAUUUUCACUGGUAAUAUUAUAAAAUUGAAAUAAUAAUGUAACGAUUUAAAUUCUAGGAAAUGUAAAACUUACCAAAUCGCUUCGUUGAUGCUUGUUCUCAUGUUAAUUUAGUCUUCUUUUGCAAUCACCAUACAUAACUUGUUUCACAUAAUAAAAAAUAUACCGA